AUGUUAUCCAUUAUUAAAUUUUAAUAUUCACGAAGAAAAGAGCAUUUGGAGUAGUUUGAAAAAGAAGAAGCUGCAAGACUAAGAGAAAGGUACCAAUAAACUAAAGCACAACACUCAGUGGUGUCAGAUUUUAUAAAAAUCAUCAAAUGGAAGGCCUUGAAAUAUGCAAUCUUAGCAUUUGGGGCAUAUUUUGCAUAUUAAAUGUAUGACACUGCAGAUAUAUACUUUGACAAAAAAAUACGGAUUUUACCAUUAAAAGCAUAAUAUGAAAGGCCUCUAGCAAAUACCACAAUAAAUCUAUUGAAAUUGGAAAAAAACCUUGAAAUGGAUUGUGAGUUAGCUGAGAAAGUCAAGCCUUAUACUUUAUUCGUUUUGGAUGAAAAUUAUCCUAUUUUUACUUUGCUUCCUAAUGAUGUUAUAAUUGCAAACAAGAAAUUGUUGCGAUAAAUUAACUCUCAAUAAAUUUAAUAAUUAAUAUAAUUUUGCAAAACUCACAAUGAAUUGAGGACAUCUUGCAAUUUAUUGGAUUUAAAAUACAUACCAACAUUGACUUUUAUGAAACUAAGGAGUUUUAUCAAUUUAAAGAAGAUGAAUCAGAUCAUCUUAGCAAGAGAAUAUUUCUUUUUGCCAGUUCCUGAAGAAUUGGAAAUUUAGAAUGAAGAAAUUUAACGCUUAAUGAGAUAAUAUAAAAAUGUUGAAUAGGGUCCACUUUCAUUUAUUUUAUAACAUUAAUUUAUUUUAUGAAUAUAAAUUAAUAAUAGUAUUAUUCAGCUUUCAUCAUUUAACAAUGGUGGAGACGAAAAAUGAGCAAGAAACAACAUUGCAGAAUAAAAAUAUAUUAUACUUCCUUAACUGGUUAGAGUAAUAAGAUAAAGUCGAAUUAAACUAAAGCGUUUUUGAUAUUGGAUUAGAAAUAAUGGGCUUUGUAAAAAAUAGAUGUUGCGAAUGAUAAAAAAAGUGUUUAAUUUGUUUAGGCUUUCAAGGAAUAUGGAUAUGAAUUGCCUUUGAUUUUUAUUGAUGAUAUGUACAUUGGAGAUGGGGAUAAAUUGCAGGAAUUGGAAGAUAAUUAGUUUCUAGAUGAAAUAUAUGAUCAACAAUAUCUCGAAAGAUGUUUAUUAUGCAAUAUGGAUAGGAAGAGUGAAGAUUAAAAGCAGUGUAGCGAUUGUAAAUAAAAUUUGUUAUUUUUUCGAGUGAUUUGA